CUCUAUCCUUUUGCGCUCUCGUGGUCGAGCCCGGUCUGAUAUCGAUACCCUUGAAUCUCCUCCCAUACAGAAGAAGAUUUGAUUCGAUAAAACGUACAACAGUCAACCGACCGCCCACCACCAUGUCCCACCUUCCUUCAGAGCCCGAGUUCGAGCAGGCGUACAAGGAGCUCGCUCUCACUCUUGAGAACAGCUCGCUGUUCGAUAAGUACCCUGGAUACCGGGACGCCCUGAGGGUAGUCUCGAUCCCCGAGAGAGUCAUCCAGUUCCGCGUCGUCUGGGAAGACGAUGCCGGCAGACUCCAGGUCAACCGGGGCUACCGCGUGCAAUUCAACUCCGCUCUCGGCCCGUACAAGGGUGGCCUGAGAUUGCACCCCUCGGUCAAUCUCUCCAUCCUUAAGUUCCUCGGGUUCGAGCAAAUCUUCAAGAAUGCUCUCACAGGACUGAUGAUGGGUGGCGGCAAGGGCGGUGCCGACUUCGACCCCAAGGGCAAGAGCGAUGCCGAGAUCCGGCGGUUUUGCGUCGCCUUUAUGCGCGAACUCGCGAGGCACAUCGGUGCCGACACGGACGUCCCUGCCGGCGAUAUCGGCGUCGGCGGGCGCGAGAUUGGGUACAUGUUCGGUGCCUACCGCCGCGAGCGCAACAAGUUCGAGGGCGUCCUGACCGGGAAGGGUCUCGACUGGGGUGGCAGUCUCAUCCGCCCGGAGGCCACCGGCUACGGUCUUGUCUACUAUGUCGGCCACAUGCUCGAGGUCGCAGGUGCGGGCAGCUGGGAGGGCAAGCGCGUGGCCAUUUCGGGGUCGGGCAACGUCGCGCAAUACGCGGCCCUGAAGUGCAUCGAGCUCGGCGCCACUGUUGUCUCGCUCUCCGACUCCAGGGGCUCGCUUGUUGCGGCUGACGGCGGACACGUCACCGUUGAGGAUAUCGAGGCCAUCAUGGAGCUAAAGGUGAAGCGCCAGGCUCUCGCCGACUACACCCCGAAGGGCAGCCUCAAGUACAUUGAGGGUGUCCGGCCUUGGCUGCACGUAGGCCAGGUUGAUGUCGCCCUGCCUUGUGCGACGCAGAACGAAGUCAGCCAGGAGGAAGCGCAGGCUCUGGUUGCCGGCGGUGCCAGGUUCAUCGCCGAAGGGUCCAACAUGGGCUGCACGCUCGAGGCCAUCGAGGUGUUCGAGAAGGAGCGGAGAGAGAAGAAGGGCAACGCCAUCUGGUACGCUCCCGGCAAGGCUGCCAACUGCGGUGGAGUCGCUGUUUCGGGUCUCGAGAUGGCGCAGAACAGCCAGCGUCACCCCUGGACCAGGGAUGAAGUCGACCAGAAGCUCAAGGACAUCAUGAAGAACGCCUUCUACCUGGGGCUCAACACUGCCAAGGAGUACGUCGAGACCGCCGAGGGCGAGCUUCCCAGCUUGGUUGCAGGCAGCAACAUUGCCGGCUUCGUUAAGGUUGCUCAGGCCAUGCACGACCAGGGCGAGUGGUGGUGAAGAUAGGGCGGCUUGUAACUUGGGGUCCGGGGCGGCAGGCUGUGCGGGUUGCCUGGUUGAUACGGGAAUGGACCGGUAAUCAGCUCCUUGAAAGCCUACAGAGAAAGGGGCACAGCGCAAGCCCUUUUUUCAACCCGGGC